GCUUAUGGUGGUGCAGGGUAUUGAACCUGGGACUUUAGAGUCUCAAGCAUGAGAGUCUGUUUGCUUAACCAUUAUGCUGUCUCCCCAGCCCAGCCCAAGUUGAGUUUUUUUGUUUGUUUGUUUACCAGAGCAUUGCCCAGCUUUGGCUUAGGGUGGUUGUGGGGGAUUAAACCUUGGCCUUUGGUGCCUCAGUUGUGAGAGUCUCAUUGCAUAACCAUUAUGCUGUCUAACCCCACCCUCCUGGAGGUCUUUGAUCUCCUUAGGGAUUACACAAAGCAGCAGCCAGGUGUCUCUGACACUGAUGAGGAUGGCACCCGAGGGAGGCAGGGAGCCCGCCAUCUAUAUGUCCUUAUUGGGUACCCCAACUCCCCCUUAAACGACAUGGUGGGAAGACAGGCCACCCAGCAGACCACAGUUCCUGAGGUGGGCCUUGGCCUGGGGGGAAUCCUGGUGGGCCAGCACAGAGCCACUCCCAGAGCGCUAUACUGAAGCUGGAAAGGGAGGUCCCACUGACCCCGGGGGGACCCCUGGGUGUGGAUGCGCAGUGGACAGCACCCUAUGGGAGAUACCACCCCACUAAGGACACUGCCAGAGGGCCCCCAGCUCCCAAUGGGGACUUGGAGGGAAAAAAUCUGGGUGUUGGGGAGGGCAGUGGCACACAGUACUAAGGAAAGGCCCCGUGCUGCAGCGGGGACACUUGACAAGUGGCCGAAGUAGGUCUGCAGGUGUCUUGUCUUUAUCUCGCUCUCCCUUCUCAGUUUCUCUCUGUCCUAUCCAGUAAAAUUGGGGGUGGGGUGGGGGACGGCCAUCAGGAGCAGUGAAUUCAUAGUGACACAUCUAGCAAGAAUCCUGGACACAAAAAUAAAUUAUUAGAAAAUAGGGGCCAGGCAGUGGUGUACCUGGUUGAGCGCAUGUUACAACGCAUAAGUACAUAAGGACCCAGGUUUGAACCCAUGGCCCCCACCUGCAGGGGGAAAAUUUUGUGAGUGGUGAAGCUGUGCUGCAGGAGUCUCUCUCCCUCUCUAUCACUCCCUUCCCUCUUGAUGUCUGGCUUUCUCUGCCCAAUAAAAAUGAUACAAAAAAGGAAAGAAAGGGGAAAAAAAAUCUAAGUGAAAAAGAAAGAAGAAACCCUGGAGACUCCCCCUUGUAUGAUCAGGGUCCAUGCGGGUUGGUGUGAAACCUCUGGCUUCCUCUCCAAUUCGGCCCUGAGGUGAGGGUCCCCCAUCUUGGAGCAGAGCUGGGAAAAGCUGGGUGCCACAGAGGCCUCAGGUGUGAUGGUGACACAAGGAUGCAGACCCUCCCCUUCUCCUCCCCCCGUCGUGCCCCAGAAUGGCAGGUGGAUCCGGCCGGAGCUGCAGCACAGGUGGUCCUCAGGCCCGGUCUCGGGGAAGGAAGGGUGCGGUACACCGGGCAGAGCCGGGUUUACCAGCUGGAGCUGCAGUCUGUGGCAGCCUCUCCUCUCUUGUCCUGGGGGUCACGUCCCCGCGCUUCCUGCCCGAGCUCCGGAAGGAGGCGCGCUGACUGAUGGCCACCAGAUGGCGCCUAACAACCACUGUGAGCCCUGGCUGGAGGCACCUGGUUCAUUGCCAAUGAGGACGCCGGGCCCUACUAGUCAUGAGGAGGAUUUGGGACCCAUCAGAGGAAUUUCCUGGGACCACAGUUCUCCACUAGGGGAGCGCAUGUCAAGAAGGGAACCAACUCUCCACGGAACUCUGGAGAGGACAGUGAAAACUAUUUUUCCAUUUUAUUGGACAGAACAGAAAUUGAGAGGAGAGAUAAAGGGAGAAAGAGAGACACCUGCAGACCUGCCUCAUUGCUUGUGAAACGUCCAUGCUGCAGACGGGGGUGGGGGACAGGGGCUUGAUCCUGGAUAUUUAAGCAGGUACUUGUGCUUAGUACUAUGUGCACUUCACCGGGUGUGCCACCACCCCAGCCCCAGGACAUGGAAAUCUCCAGUGGCGUUUUCUGGCCUUCUUGGAAAAAUUCUGCUGGGGCUAGAAGGCAUGAGGACUGUAAAGUAAAACACGAAAACCAGAGGACUCUUCUGAAACAGGAUAGGGGAGACUGGGGGAAGCUCAGCCUGAACCUAGCUCUGUUUGGAGGUGGCUACACCCAGAACCCCUGAGAGCACUUGGAUAGAGGGGUGUCUGAGUGUGAACCUGGAUCAGCUGUGGCCCUGGCCCUGUCUGGUAAAGGGCUGAGCAGACAGUCAGGAGACCAUAAGGUUGUGGGCACAGGUGUUAUCAGGUCAGGUAAUCCCAGGAAAUGAGGUCAUUUACUUGACAAUAGCUCCCCAGUCAGAUUUAGAACUCCUGCAGCCAGGCAACUGCAUUCCAGGGACUGCCCCCCAGCCCAGCUUGGCCCAAGGCACUAGAUCUAAAAGGAUGUUCAGCUGUUGUAUCCCUUGCCUCCGGGAGACCAGGACACCUUGCUGCUGGAAGCUUUUAAGAUGCUGCACCUGUUGCUGCAACCCUUCUCACUGCUGCCUCCGUCUGUUUGCCAGGAAGCUAAUUAAGACAGGUGCUGUAGAGAAGAUGGUAGAGUACCUGGUGCCUGCCGUCCUGGGCCAUGACCCCACUUACAUCCACACCUUCCUGUCUUCAUACAGAGCUCUGGCUACCACCCAGCAGGUGCUGGACCUGCUGUUCAGCAGGUAUGGAUGUUUCCUCCCGUAUGGUACUAAAUUUGAUAGACACCAUAAGCAAAUGAAAACGGCCAUAUCCUCCAUCCUGAGCACCUGGCUGGAGAAGUACCCUGAAGACUUUUACCAGCCCCCUGACUUUACCUGCCUGAAGACAGUCCUGGCUUAUGUGCAGCUGGGCAUGCCUGGCUCAGCCCUGGAGCACCAUGUCCUCCAACUUUUGACAGAGAUGGAGAAACAUCAGCCCACUGAGACAAAGACAGGCCCCGAGGCAGGGAAGAUUGAAGCCAAAGUUCUUAUCCACGAUCUAGAGCCAGAAGAAGACAGAGCAGCAGCUUCCCCUGCAGAGCAGCGGGCUCAGAAAACAGCACACCCUAAAGCUCAAAAGCGAGUUUGCGAAGCCCCGCCAGCUGCAGAUUCAGAAUCAGUGCCAGCUGGAGACACACACCUCAUUCAAUCUCUAGACCAUGGACCAGCAGCUCUGAAGACCCCACUCUCAGAGCCAGAACAGGUCUAGGCAAUAGCUGAGCUAGACCACUUGUCCUAGCACCUUCUCAGCACUCUAGCAAGUUCCAUCAAAUGAUUCUAAUUCCAUACUUUAAACUACCCUGGAAUGAGCACUACACUACCACUAAUUCAGAAAGCCCCGGUGCAGCUCAGGGUCUAAUCUGAGUCUAUCAGUCUAGAGACACACAAUGUCCCAUGAUGUAUCUGGAGCCGGCACCACCCCAGAGAAUGUUCCAGCUGCUACGGUGCCACCAGGGUCAGACCUGGGCCUCAGUGAGUGAAGCUGCAACCCCAGACACUCCCAGCUCUCCCUCAUCCACAUUUUCACAUAUACUGAAUGAAUGGCUAAGUCUAUAGCUAAAUCUACAUACCACUAACACCAUUGUGCCAUCUAUUUUCUUCAAUGAGAACAGUUACAUACCUUGAUGAUCUCCAUUAUACAUUUGGUUGACAUUAAGUAUAUGCACAGUGUAUACCACCCUCAAACUAUCUCACAUCAGUCCUUUUCACUUUUUUUUGUUGUUGUUGUUGUUGCCACCAGGUUUAGUACUGGGGCUCUGUGCCUAUAUGGCAUAUCUACUGCUCCUGGCAGCCAUUUUUUUCUUUCUAUUUCUGUUUGACGGGACAGAGAGAAAUUGAAAGGGGGGGGUAAAGGGGAGGAUAGACAGAAGAACAGGCACCUGCAGACCUGCUUCACCACUUGUGAAGCAGAUUCCCUGCAGGUGGGGAGUGGGGGCUCAAACCUGGGUCCUUGCUGUCCUUGAACAUGUUGAUAUGUGUGCUUAACUGGUUAUGCCACUGCCCAGCCCCUUCAUCAGUCCUUUUCACACCUUGCUUUCCCACACUUACCCUCUUUCUGAUACCACUAAUCUGCGUUGAUGGGCUCAAAGGGUGGAUCAGGGUUGCCUGAGUCUGAAUCCAGGUGACUUAAUUAUUAUUAUUAGAUUUUUUCAAAACUUUAAUUUGAUAGGACAGAGAGAAAUUUAGAAGGAAGGGAGGCAGAGAGGGAGAGACUGAGAGAUACCUGCAGUCCUGCUUCACCACUAGUGAAACCUCCCCCCUGCAGGUGAGGAUCUGGGGACUCGAACCCAGAUCCUUGCACAUGGUAAUGUGUGUACUUAACUAGGUGAGCUGCGGCACCCCGUGUCUUGACCCCCCGUGGAGCUUGACAAGGUCACCUGCCAUGACCAUGAGCAUGACAGACUUCAAGGAAGCUGCAUCCCCGGGAAUGGACUAGGAUGCCGCAAAGGGAAUCUAUGUUGGAAUGUUUUGAUGAUUCUGAUGAUUGAGCUAGCUGUAGUAGCUUGGGAACCUGGUAACUUUCCAGAAGCAGCCCCUAUGCAUGAUAAAUCCCCUAAGACUAGAAGAUGGCACCCCCUACACAAACAUAAUAAACCUAUAAACCCAAAAAGUAUAGCUCCCACGGUCAUGACUGACCACGGCCCUGCUUACAAAAUAGGUGACAUUUCUCAUGAUUAAUAUCAACUGUUUAUAGAAUUUAGAUGAGGAAUCAUCCACAAUAUGGUCAUGAUCCAUCAGCUGUUACUAGGCGUGCACUCAUAAGACUCAUGCUCCAAAAAUCCUAGCCAAAAGAAUUUGCAGGACAAACAAUAAAGUCACUGAUAGCCAGCUGAUUAUACAAAUGUCAAGGGAAAAACAAAUGAACUAAAAACAAAUAGUGCUGCAUGAACAGUACAGAGCAGGAACUAUGAUUCUAGGCAAAACUAC